AAUAUUAUACUUUUUAGCGGAACUGUGGCAAGAUGUGCUGAUAAAUAUUUAUAAUAAGUGUUGCAACACUUAUAGAGAACGUAAACCACCUCUAGGAUGUUUUAAGUUGAGGAGAAAGUCGCAAUAUUUAAUUAUAAUAAAGUAACAGGUUGAUAAACAGUUUCUGUUCUGCGCUUGUGCGCUGUUUCCCACAUGUGGUAGUGACUUGCACCGGAGCAGAAGUCUUUUCAGUUUUUUUCAGCUCCCCUGACCGUGUGUAUAUUUCAAGAUUUCCGUAGGAUUGUUUUGCAUACAUUUGGCCGAACGUAAGCAGAAGACCUAUCCAGAAGGUGACUAUGGCAGCUGAACCCAUCAUCAGAUCCAAGCAGAGAGAACAGAUGGUCAGCGGCAUCUCCACUCAGGUUGUGUGCACAGAGUUCAGCAACUACAUAUUUGUAGUCCUCACCCAAUAUGGGAAGAUGGGGACACUAAUUUCCCUUACGCCUGAUACCACAUGUGGUGACAUUAACAAGCCUAUGUACACCACAAAGAUCCUCCUAGGAAAAGAUGAGGCUCUGACGCAUGUCUUUGCAAAAAAUCUUGUGACGUUUGUUUCGCAAGAGGCUGGGAACAAACCUGUUCUGCUUGGACUGGUAAAUCAGGCCGAACUUGGCGAGUGA